AUGAGAGACAUUUAUGAAGAGACCUGCUCUUCCUCACGUUGUUAUACCAUUCUCGCCUACCCUCCGCGCUCUCGUCUGCCAUCAACGCAUAUUUCCGAACGCCCCCUGCUUGAUCCAAUCCUUUUCCAGUUUCGAGAGUUCUCGAGGGGUGACCACCGUAACUGAAUUACCGCCUUUUUUAUAUUUGAAAUUUCCUUUUGGAAAUGCGUUCCUUAAAACUGUCCAGAUGCUUUCGCCGUGCGUCUUUUGUGUCCCGGUUAUUCUUUGGCGUUUACCGUCAACUUCGUCAUCCCACUUGAACGAGUCGAAGCGUGUGUCAGACAUGCCGGACGAGAAUGUAAGGUAUAUAUGGAUGGUACAGAUCACUUCGAAAGGCUGGUGUCAAACGUCGAUAUUGAGACUGGAUGGGCUUCUAUGUCGUCUUUUCUUCAUUUUCGAGUGAGUACCUUGGGCUACCUAUAUAUACUAAAAGCAUUUCCUACCAUGAGUACAGCCCAUGAAGUGUAUCGUAGCGGUAAAGAUCAUCUUUUCUCAAAGCAUAUCAGAUACCAAUUCAGUCAUCCGCUGUCUGGCGCCCAAUGGGCGGCUAUGUUAGGGUGAUAUUUGUACCUCGGGCUGUUGGAUCUUGACAUUCGUAUUGUCAGCAACACCCAGAUGAAAAGGAUUAUGGGCGAACUUUCUUUGGCGUUUUGCCGAACCUUUGUAGGCCGCCAGAUCUGGGCUUUGCUGGACACGGGUACAUCGCUGGUUGCCGCUUCAGAGGGCGGCUGGAGAACGGGAGGAGACUCCGGGAUCAUGUCAUAUGUUAAAAAAAAGUAUUCUGCUUCGUGGAUAAUCGUUGUUUUUCCUUUUGUAGACGCGUGUCGUGAGUGAAAGGGAUAUCUUUCAUUAAGUCGCUCAAGUCAACAGAAGAGGUGCUGC